AUGGCUUCAAAAUGUACGAAAACAAAAUGUGUGAAAUCAGGAAAAGAUAAUUUGCAAUGCAUUCAAUGUUAUCAGUGCGAAAAUAAAUUUCACAUAAAAUAUGUUGGUUUGAGGGAUGAAGCUUUUGAAGUGACACGUGGUUUCGAUAGUUUUAAAUGGUUUUGUGAUAUUUGUCUGAAGAAGUUAUGCAACGUUAAAACUCUCUCUAAAAUAAUGUUGAACAGUAACAGUGCAAAAUUAGAUAGCCUUGAUAGGCCUGAUAGCAAGUUAUCUGCCGAGAUCAGCACAUUCAAAAGUGAUUUGAAAUCUUCUUUUGCUACUGUUGGCCAAGAAGUGAAGAAAAACAUUGAGUGUGUCAAUCUGGAAGUUAAAACGGUUAAAAAAAAAUUAACUGAGUCAAUUGAUAUAAAAGACAGAGAAAGAAAUAUAAUAAUUUUCCAUUUACAAGAAGGUGAAGAUGAUAAAAUUCGUGUUAAAAAUAUUUUGUUAAAAUUGUCUGAUGAUAUAAAAGAUUCACAUAUAAAAUAUGUUACAAGACUUGGGAAGAAAAAUGAAUCAUCCACACGUCCAAUAUUGAUAGUGUUGGAUAGUUUGAUGUCUAAAGAGACCGUGAUGAAAAAUGCACACAAAUUGAAAUUAAUGUCGGUCGAACUGAGUAAAGUCUGGAUUAGCAAUGAUCUGACACCUGAGCAGAGAAGUUAA